AUGUUCCGUUCUGCUAUCCGUUUCCUUGGGACCCUGGCUCCAAGGCUACAACAGGCGCCCAAGCUCCAGCCAUACAUGGCCGCCAAGCAGUUCAUCCCCGAUGACGCUGGUAGAUCGAAGAAGAGAGCUCUAAGGAGAAGAGAGGCCCGUUUGAAGAGUCAGAUCAUCAGAGACGUCAAUAACUUGAAGAAACAGAAGAUCAAGUUUGCUCCUUUCGAAGUGGAUCCCGUUCUUGGCGCCAAAGAUGUGCCAUUUAUCAACAGAUUGAAUAAGGAGCUCAAGGACCCAAGUAACUUGGCCCAGGGUUUCCAGAGAGAAGAGGUGGAGAAGUUGCUUUAUGGUGCACAGAAAGCUGCCACUGAAACCAACUUGGCUGGCGAUAUGUUCCCUGAGUCUGUGGUUGCCAGAGAGGAGAAGAAGAGACAAGCAGUGUUGACCAUUUUGAGUUUGAAGAACACCAACUCUCAGGACAAGAAGAAGAUGGCCGUGGAGUUUGCACGUAAAGAGUUUGAGAGAUUCGAAGGCGAUUCUGGCUCUCCAGAAGUCCAGGCUGCUAUCAUGACCGCAAAGAUCCACCAUAGCUUUGACCAUCUCAGAGCGAACAAGAAAGACCACCCUAUGGCUCAGGCCGUUCGUCACCUUGUCAGCCAAAGACAAAGAAUACUAAAGUACUUGAAGCGUGUCAACCCAGAGAGAUACUACCACACGCUUGCCAAGUUGGGCUUGACAGACGAUGUGAUCACCAGAGAGUUCAGUAUGGGCCGCCAGUACUUCGAGGACUACCAGGUCUGGGGCGACAGAGAGAUUGUCAAGAAGUCUGAGAAGACGAAGAUGAAGAAACAGAGGUUUGUUGACUUGGAGAAGAGAGUUGCUGACUACAACAAGUUGGCCAGAAAGAACUACGAGAUUCUUUACGGACAACAGUCCUAA